UUUUUUUUUUUUUUCGUCCGUGUUAUGGGAUCCUGCCUAGAAAGACUCGCAAACAUUGGAUAAAAGGAAGAGAAGGGAUUUUUUUUUUUUUUUCCUGCCACGUCUUUCCAACUUCCUGAAAACACAAACCCUCCCACCAAAAAGUCAGCCUGAUAUAGAUCCUAGUUCUAAUUCGGAUAGCUGUCCAGGACACCAAAUUCCAAAGGCUGACGGAAUGUGGGCUACAUGCAGUGUGUCUCCUGUAAGUACAAACUCCACAACAUUCUAACCUCGUGUUUAUAUAGAGGAUUAAAUAACUCAUUUCUUACAGCUGAUGUAUGUGCUCAUUGCAAUGAAAAGGUCGAUUUUUCUAUUUAGGAAACUUUUCUCUUAUUUUGUACUUAGUAGUCUAACUACUUACAAACAAAAGAAGAGUUGCAGAAAUGUUUGUUUAUUAUUGGACUAACAGAAUUUUGGAAUGACAAACAAAGGGAGAGGGAGCUGCUCCGUUAUCGGGUCUAAAUCAUUUAUAAACAAAAUGAAGCCUGUAAUUCACACCCGGACUGCGAUACAAGGGUUAACUUUACAACAGGCAAGAUAAAACAAGGCAGAGCCAUACAAGCAAAACAAGAUAUACAUUUAACAUUCUGCAGCGGGGUUUCUUAAUCAAUAUAUAUAUAUAUAUUUUUUUUUUUUUCGUGGACCCAAAUUAUGUACAUAGCAUUAUCUCAAUGACCUCUUCUCGAAUGUUAAAAUUAACUCCGUGUCCUGCAAUACAACUUACAUAUUCAAUAUAUCGCACCGAGGUUCUGCAAACCUCGCGUUGGACUCUGCUUGUGGCACAGGGGUCUACGUUGCCCUGGGAACGGCAAUACUACUGCAGUAUGCCACUUUAUUUUGGGUGGUUGCCUUUGGCCAGAUGAAUGCGUUGUGCUGUUCCAAGCAUUGCGGCCAGCUGAUAUUGAAUGAGGACCCAUAUUUAGUCCUGACCCAGGUGUUAAGAACUAUUGUUCUAGAGAGGACUGUAAAAUAUUCUGAUUAAAGAGUGAGAAAAAAGUUAGUGAAAAUUGAAAAAUACAACACAUAAGCAUGUGUACACAUACUUUGCAUGUAGAUCUCUACCUGUACUUACACUUGUGUAUAUACACUCGUACAUUGUAUACAGUUGGCUUGAUGUAAGUUUUUAAUAACAAUGCAUUAUAUUCCUGACCAAAUUAUGUUUAAUAUUUAUAUUUUCAUGUGCUUUAAUCACUGGAGCUUUGAAAAGAUCCUCCCUAUAAAAUAGUAAUUAUUUUAUUACACCGUUCUAAUGCGUAGAUUUAAAGUAAGCGCUGUUUUUGAAAAUGGGCUAUGUGUACCUUUAAACAUUGUAAAUACAUGUAGGCGGUGCAGUAAAAAGCUAUAGAAAUUACUUUCCUGUAAACGUUUCCUUGUGAUCUUUAAACCUCACCUUGAUAUUAAGUGAUUUGAGAAUCUUGGUGAGGCAAUUAAAGUAAUUUAAGUAUUGCAGAGAAUCUAGUCUCCUUGAAAAUUAAAGGGCCAUUAUGAGCUUAGGGCAGUAUAUAUUUUAACUAUUUAUAAAACUGAUUGUGAAUACAAACCCGUGUUAUCCAGUGUUGCAGCUUCUUUCAAAAUCAUUUUCAGUCUUUUUUUUUUUUUAAAUGCAACUACGACUUUUCAAGCCGCAAGAAUUUACUGCAUUCCCGUCUAGCUUUCGAAGAGUAAAUGAUGUUUAUUAAACCAGGAUUUGACAAAUUUGUUUGGAAUCUUGGAGCCAGCUAAAAAAGUUAGGAGCCAGUCAUUUUUCAUGAGAAAAAUGCAAUUCUUAAAGGGACACUAUAGUCACCAGAACCACUUCAGCUUGACGUAGUUGUUCAGGUGUCUAUAGCCUAUCUCUGCAGGCUUUUCAGCAAAACUGGCACGGCGUUGGGGAAAAAAGGUGAGUAAAAACUCCUUCCUCAUGUGAUUGGAGGGGGCAGGUACUUAAACACACACACACACACACACACACACACACUCACUCUGACAGGCUCACAUACACACAUGCGUGCGUACACACUCACUGUGACAGGCUCACAUACGCACACACACACAUUCUGACAGGCUCCAUUAGGCAAACGCGCACACACACUGACAGGCUCACGCGCACACACACGGACAGGCUCACAAACACACUAAUUUUGACAGGCUUAUGCACACAUUAACUCACUUUGACAAGCUCACAUACACCCCCUCUCCCCCCCCCUCCUCCUCCCCUUGCUCUCUCUCCCCCUCUCUCUCCGAGAGCUGAGUGGGCCUUUCCCUGGGGUCCAGUGGGGCUGCUCUCUUCCUGCGUGCGCGGGAGCAGUAAUCUUACUGUAGCUCCUCUCUGUAGUGAUGCCGGGGCUGGAGUGACGUCAUAUUCCAGCUCCCGGCAUCAUUAAACAGCACGAGGGAGCAGAGAGGAGCUGCAAGAAGAGUACUGCUCACUUGCACACCGGCUGCAAUGCGCCCGUGGGCGGCCAGCUGCCUCAUGGCGGGCGCCUUCAAAACUCCCUAACUAAAGAGCGGGCAAAUCCUAGUCGCCAGGGUGAAGUUUCUAGUCGUCAUGGCGACCUGGGAUUUGUCGAGCCCUGUAAUAAAUGAUAUUGGUUUUUAAGCUCUUUUGCAGUUAAUUCCUCAGGACUACAUAAAGAUUGUAGAUUUAUGACACAGCCUUUAAGGAGAAGAGAGAAGUGGCCAAGAAUAUACUUUGGGGACAUUUAAGAUGGAUCAGAGUAGGGAUAUGGCUAUUCCAGUGUGAAGAAUUAAUACAUCUGAGGUCUUUAGCUGGACAAAUGUUAUCUUAAUUUAUUUUUAUUUUCUAUGUAUAAUUUAAAGGACUCACAGGUCUCCGUCACUCCAACAAAUGGCAUAGUAAAUGACAUUUUCGAACAUUCAACUCCAUAAACUGGACUAGUAGAGUAGCGUGACACAUAUUCAAUAUGAUACAGUAACUUUGCUCCAUGACCGGAGGCCAGAUAGUGGGUAUAGAAUUAACUAUCUAGGCUUGCGUUCUGAUGACAUUUAAUUGGUCUACCACCCUUUCAAGUGGAAUCACGUGAAAUAUGGAAGAGCGAGGACAGUACUCAGAAUAUUAACUUAGACCGGCCUCAAAUUCUGGCCUUAUUGUGUAGUGGGGUGGUCGGGUUGUUCUGGAUUCUAAUACAUGUGUACUUAUGGAUACACGGCUUUUGGAAUGGCCUCUCACCCAAUUCCCCACCCAGUGCGAGGGGUAUGGCCAUGGUCAGGGUGGUUCAAGCAUUCCCUUGCGCUUCAUCCCAUAUUCCUACGACUUGUCUCCCAUUGUCCGCCUCUAGAUGCAUAUUGUAUAAAUGUAUUUGUUGCAUUAACUCCCUAUCUCAAAACUCCUCCCUCCUAAUCACUCCUUCAAUGGUUUGUAUUGCAUAAAACUGGUAGUUUUGAAAGAGCGCGCUAUGGCGUUAUUUGAAAUAGUCCUUGGUAUGUAGAAAGAAAAGAGUUAGUAAGGAAGCUCCGUGAAAGGAUGAAAAGAGCGGAUGAAGUGUGCAGGUAUUGGGGCACACCCCGCCGGCAUCCCCCCAUCACUCAGCAAGCACCCCGUCCGUCCUGCUCCGCCAUGUACAAUAUCCACGCCUGCCACCGCUCAAUGUGUUUAUUGCCGGUGUUCGUGAGUGAGACUUGAAUCGAUUCAGCUGCCUUGAUCUCCUCCACACUUUCCAUACGUGGUUUCAUCGUGAGAGACGUGGAUUGUUUCCAAAGUUCUGGUAUUGGGGAUUUUGCAGCAUUGAGGAGGUGUCUAAGUAUCGGUUUCUUAUAUUUGCCGAUUGGGAGGGGUGUAGCAUGUAAUAGCAUGCUGUCAAUGUCCAGAAGAAGACCAUCCCCUAAGAUUUCCUUGAUUUUAUUUCUGAUCUCCUCCUCCGAGAAAGGUCGUAUGCAAGUGCAUUCACACCAUAGGUGUCUCACUGUACCUUCUGCUUCAUUGCACAUCCAGCACGUCGCCGGUACUGCUGGAAAGAGUCUGUGUAGUAGGGUAGGUGUCCUGUACCAGAAGGAGAGUACUUUGUAAUUAACCACUUGCUCUGUCUUCUCCAAAUUUUAAAACAUAUAAAGGAGAGACAAACAUAGAACAGAUAGUGUAACACUGUUACAAAACUAAAAUCAUAUAUAAUAAAAUGAUAUACACUAACAAAGGUAGAGCAGAAUAAGCCUGCUCUUACUGUAACAGCUCCUUAAAAAUUCCCUCUUGAGACAGAGACGGCACGGAACUUAUCCACUUUCACGGCUUUUAUUUUACAGACCCAAACAGCAUCUCCUUCUCCCUCUGUAUGCAGCAGGUAAAACAAUGUAAAAAUGCUGAUAACAGGGGCUCUUUUCCCACUGAGCAUCCGAAAAAGAUUUUUGUUCCUCCCACCUCCGUUUGAACGUCUAGACCUUUAAUUUUUAACCAGAAGGACCAAACUUCUGGAAUAAAAGGGAAUCAUGACAUGUCACACGUCAUGUGUCCUUAAGGGGUUAAGGACACAUGGCGGAAAUAUUCCGUCAUGAUCCCCUUUGAUUCCAGAAGUUGUGUCCUUAAGGGGUUAAGUUUAAGUAUCUCCUAUGAUACCUCAGUGGAAUUUUUUUUAAAAAUUUCUGGACCUUAAAUAUCCAGAUUUUCAAACUUUUCUAACCUGCUUCUCAUGAUUAUUUGGCUCUUAACAUUGAGAGACCUUAACCACCAAAGCACAUUUUUUUAUUUUUUAUUUUAUUUAUUUUUUUAAAUUAUUACCUAGCCCUAGAGCUUAGACAUGUGUGAAUUCUGGCAUUCCCUUGCAAUAAUUGGACAGCUGCUGUUUUCUGGUGUAAAAGUUAACUUUUGGGGCGUGAUCUCCAAAUUAUCCUAAAUGUGACUGAGUUGGACAUCCUGGAACACUUAAAGCAAACUUUAAAUGAUUUCAAGCACGUGAGAUCUCCAGUCACGGAGAAAUGUAUGUCAUCGCGUUCACGUGAACCAAUCUCUCAGCUGGAAAGAAAGUAGUCUGUUUACUAAACUGAGAUUUUUCGAGUACAGAUGACGGGAUUGCAAAUUUUAGGACAAGAUAGCCAAACUGACCGAGAUGUUCCACCUCAACUAAUGUUCAGCUUUUAUCGGGUUUUAGUAAGUAAACUCCAAAUUUCUAUUUAUUUUUUUAUUUAUUUUUUUUAAUUGUAUUUUAUGUCAUUAGUCAUUUUGUGUGUUUUAUCACUGUGUGCUAUUUGCUCCAUUAAAAAAAAACUAAAAACUAAAAAGGCAACAAAAAAACUCCCGACAUUGUUAUUGAUUAGCCCAGUCUAAAACCACAAGCAAUAAAAGUUGAAUUCUAUAGACUAUAACUACUGCAGCUCAUUGUUUUGAGUCGAGGGUACAAUCCCCCUGUUUUCUAUCAAACUACUUUGGAGCAUUGUUUGACAAAGCUGGCGGCUCUCCCUUGAUUUUUGCCAUGAACUUUGAUACAUUUACCACCAUGAAAAUUAAACAGGUCAAAUACCAGUGCAGAAACUUACUGAAGUCUUUCCUAGUUGAAUGACUGGUUCUGCAGCUAUCAAUUAACUUGUUUUCAUUUUAAAACAAAGACGGGCAAUGCAUUCACUGCUGGGAUUAAUCAGGGCAUCUAUCGAGGUCAUCAAAACUGCUCGGCUGAACUACCUGUAGCAGGUAAUAUUCUAAUAAUGAAUAUGCCCACACCUCUUCCAAGACACACAUCAUACGCUGCUUAUGUAUAGAGUUCUGAAUAAUUUAUAAUAUGUUGUAUGUAUUUUAUUAAUCUACCACUAACAAGUGCUCUUUUGUUUGUUUUUUAGGUUGUUUUGGUCAAGGAUUGACACAGUAAGUACAAUAGUUUUAUGGAGUUUAUAUAUUUUUCAGUACAUUAACAUUAGCUCUCAAGGCAACCAAGGGUCCGGUAGUUGUUCGUUAUUGAACAGGAUUGGCAGUUGCCUAAAUUCUGGUAUUUUCAUGGGCCUGGUUUGUAAACCACUGCAUCCUAGACUGACCUGAGGAGCUUUCACUGUAAGUGGAACGGGAGGGAGAAUGAGCUAUUUUUCAUAAUGAGCUGUACAUAUUGAAUACCUGAAAUGAUUUAAAAACUAGUUUUAAUUUCUAUGACGCUGUAGAGAGUUGAAAUGGUGAUUAAGUGGUUGUGUGGAAGAGAGAUUUUGAGUCUUGAUACGGCAAUGGAGGGUUACUGGAUCUUUGAAUAAGUGAGACAAAUGUAAUGUACAGAAUUAAUGGACUGUGCUGGAUCAGAUUACUAUGAGUGGAAAAUAGGAUAGACAAUGAAAGUUAUAAACUUCAUGGUAAGACUUUUAAAGGCAGUCCAUUCAUUCAUUUACCUUUGACUAUAGGGGAAUUCAGAUAAAAAUACAAAAUUCCAAAUCUUACUUUUUUUCCAAAAUAUUAGUGAAAAAAAUGUAGUCUUUCCGGUAAAGGUGGGGGAGGGGGAAUGCUUAUUCAGAGUGAAAGUAAUUUUUUAUUUUUUUAUUUUUUUUGUGUGUGUGUGUGUAUAUUUUUAUCAUUAAGAUUGUAUAGUUCAUUAGAAAACUGCAACUGCUCCCCACUGGGUGGGCCAUAUCUUAUCCAAACCCAGGGAUAUAUUGAUGGCCAUCUUUAGAAUAUCCAUCAAAAUUUUUUUUUUUUUUUAAAGUGAUUGCUUAAAACCAAUUAAACUGUUGGUGUUGAACAAAAAAAGUAAUAUUAACCCUAAAGCUGGACUGUUAUACUGAAUAUAUAGAAAAGGAAAAUCGUGGUAAAUUGGCGCUUAUAAUGUCGUAGGAUAGUGCUCCUUCAGCUUCUGUGCUCUCCCCGAAUGGUCAUACAGUAACAAAUAAUGAGCAGGUGUUAGAAAUAAAAUUCAAACAUUUUUAUUCCAAAAAUCAAUAAAAGUUCUUUCAUAUAAAACACCGCAAGCUGCAUACCCUUGUUAAGAAGCUGAAGGAUAUCUAUACAUCCUACUUAUGUGUAUUUACCUGAGCCAGUGUUUCUAUACAGGCUCAUGAAAAUGUGAGUAGGAUGCAACUAUUUUAUUAAUAUCUUUAGUCACAGUGUGGACACUAUACUGGCUAUUUUGUUUUAUAGAAAUUCCCUCUGGACAAAGUCCAUUUUAAGUGUAUGUAUAAAAUGUAACUACUGCACUUUUGAGGACACUCUGCACAUUGUUGUUACUAUUUCACAGAGCGCUAACCUCCCUUUUUUUUUUUGCCUUGUGUGGACUGUUAUACUGUUUUAUUAAAGAUUUUCAGUGGUUUUGUGUAUUCUCACUAUAUUUUUAUUUUUGUGCUUGUGUAUAUAUUUUUUUUCAGGUGACAUUUUACAAUGAGAGAGCCUCUCCUAUGAUACUGCUACCUUCUAAACCAAAAGAUGGGUAUGUGCGGAAUUCUGUACCAAUUACAAUGGACAUUUAUAUUUUGUGUUGGGGAAACCAUGGAUGUGAUAUCUUGCAGGAAAAAAUAUAUAUCUUAAAGCAGAUUUAUGCAAAUUAUUCAAUGUGGUGGUUGGAAAUCAUGAUAAUAUGGGAAACGGGGGACACUCUAGGAACCCAGACCACCUCUGCCCACUGGAGUGGUCUGGGUGUCAACUCCCACUACUCUUAACCCUGCAAGUAUAGUUAUUGCAGUUUUUUUAUAAACUGCAAUAAUUAACUUGCAGGGUUAACUCCUCCUCUAGUGGCUGUCUACUAGACAGCCACUAGAGGGCACUUCCUGCAUCAUAGCACAGAAAACCUGUGCUAGAGGGUCGCUGGACGUCCUCACACUGUCGCUCCAGCGUCGCUCAAUUCCCCAUAGGAAAGCAUUUUCAAUGCUUUCCUAUGGGGAGCUCUAAUGCGCAUGCGCGGCAUUGCCACACAUGCUCAUUAGGUCUCCCCGGCUGGUGGGCGGGAUCAGUCUCGUCUACCGGCUGACGUAAUGCAGAGGAGGAGCGGCGGCGGAGGAAGAAGCAGCGACGUGGGACGUGUCGCUUCCUUUGGUAAGUUACUGAAGGGGUUUUCACUUCAUUGCUAUAGGCUCUGUCUUUUGCACCUGUCAGUCAACAUAAAGAGAGGAGGAAGACUGGAACAAUGGGGGAGAUUUAUCAAGGUGUCAUGAUCUAAAAAGUGUUGCAAAUGCCUAAAUGUUGGGCAGUCACCAUGGGAUCAGUAGGACCAUUCCAUUGGUAAAUAUGUCACAUCUUUGGAUCACGAUUUUGUUCAUGACAAUUUUCUAAUUCUCCGUCAAUGCACUGCGUGCCCUGCCUGUGCCAGGAUAGAAUUGGAUUGUGGUUGCAGUUGCGACAUCUAUAACAUCAACGUAAAAGCAAAUGGACCUUCACAUUAAAAAUGUUUUAUAAGUGGCGAGUGAUUUUCAGUUUUCUUUUAAAUGGUAUAAUUUCCAGAAAAUUGAUCGUUCUCCUUUUUUAACCUUGUGUUUGUCUUCUUUCUUAUCUGUGAAAGAAGCAGCUGUGUUUUCAGUCACAGUUGACGUUGGAUAAACAUAGUUUGUGUGUUUUGUCUCUGUAUCAAUUUGUUGUUGGCAAACAGAGCCUGGGAGCUGAAUUGCGAUGAGCUGGAAUAAAGGAAAGAAUGUCCUUAUUAAAAGUGACGAAUGAAACAACAAGCUGCAUUCUGUUGUAACAUUCCUUGUUGUUGAUAAUAGACAAUAUCUCAAAGUUCCCCCAGUACACCGUAUUAUACCUUAUACCCGAAAAGGAGGUUUAAAUUGAAGAAGUCCUGGAACAGGUUUCCAGCUUCAUACAGCGGUAUUUACUAAAAACUGUAUUGUAGCAAAUUGAAAUCAGAUUGGCAAAAUAUCGUCACAUAUUGGUUAUUUUAGACAAUCUGUUGAAAUAGUAAUUUAUGAUCCUUCAGUGACCAAAGACCAAAAGCCUGUUCUUAUAGCGAGGUUCGGGACAAUAUGAAGGACAGUUGUUCAGAGUCAGUAUCAGUGGAAAUUGGAAAGUGUUCUUUGUCUCAAUAAAGGGGUCUUGGUGGAGUGGCAUUGUAAUUCUAAACCUGAAAUAUCAAACAUUGCUGUUUUUUGUGGAAAUUGUAACGUUUGCAUUAAAGGUUUAAAUACGUCUUCCUGACCGCCACUAGAGGCACUUUCUCUGGAACUACAGAGUGAAACGGUCAUGUGACCAAAUGCAGCUUAUAGGAAAGUAUUGACUUCAGUGCUUUCUUAUACGCAGCAUUUGAUUGGAUGCACACAGCCUUUGCCUCUAUGAGUAGCAUGGGAUUGGACGAAUGCCUGGGAUUCUCUGCCUCCAUGGUGACAUUGUAGGAGGCGGAGCGUCUCAUACUGGAGAAAAGAUACUUUUUAUUACACGGGGGGUGGGGGGAAUUCAGUGUCACAGGUCUGUAUUUCCAACACUUGAAUGUAUGUCAGAACUUAUGUAUAGUAUAGGGGAUUUUCAAAGUUUUAUUUAGUGCUGGCUUUUAAGAUAAGUGUGUUUUGUGUGAAAAUCUUUGAUUCAUUUAUAUAUAUUUUUUAAAUCUAUUUUAAUUGCAGAAUUAAACAUUGCGUUACUGAAAUUGUAAAAUCUGGUCUUUGCUCGUAAAAUAAAACCCAAAACCCAAUCUGACAAAUUUUUCUCAUUUAUUUAUUUUAUUUUUACUAAACACAUAUUUUUUUUUUUUUUUCUCCUCCUGUUUUUAUUUUGUUUUACAAUUGCUUCUUGGUUGUCUUAAUUACAUUAUUUUAUCAAUUCUAUAUUGGGGGGAUCUGUCUGACAACCCAGUCCGAAAUACCAGAGAACUUAAUUUGCAAGCCUUAUUCUUGACCCUUUAACUUUUCAAAACCCCAUGAAACCUGUAUAUAGGGGGUGCUAUUGUACUCAUUUGACUUUGCUGAAUACAAAUAUAAGUGUUUUAAAUCACUAGAAAACUAACUUUGACCAUGGUUUGUGACUUCUAAAGACUGGACAUACCCCGUUGCAGUGGCAUACACACGAACCAUGGGGCCCCGGUGCGAAAAUGAUAUGUUUCACUGAGGGUUAAUUCAGCCUCUAGUGGCUUUCUCACUGACAGCCAUUAGAGGCGCUUCCACCAUUCUCACUGUGAAAAUCAUAGUGAGAAGAUGCUGGACGUCCAUAGGAAAGCAUUGAGUAAUGCUUUACUAUGGGCGGUUUGAAUGCGCGCAUGGCUCUUGCUGCACAUGCGCAAUCGGAGCUGAGAGGAAGAUCGGGGCAGAGGGAUCCUUGGUGCCAAGGUUGUCCGGCGCUGGAGAAAGGUAAGUGCUGAAGGGGUUUUACACACACACACACACACACACACACACACACACACACACACACACACACACACACACACACACACACACACACACACACACACACACACACACACACACACACACACACUCACAGAUGCAUACACACUAGCUAACAGUCACACACAUUUACUGACAGACACACUCAGUGACAGACAGACACACUCAGUGACAGACAGACACACACUCCUGACACUCACUAACAGACACACACUCAAUAACACACACACAAAAACUGACACUCACUAGCAGAAACACACACUGACACACAAAAACUAACACACACUCGAACACUAACACAUAUACACCGGUCCUGCAGGCGGCGAGGGAGCACUGAUCCUCCUGUUCAGCUCCCACGCGUGCCGCGUACUGAUGCCGGAGCCGGAAUUACAUCAUAUUCUGGCUUCUGCAUCAUUGCGGUGCGCGAGGGAGCUGGGCAGAGAGUGCUCAGGGGAGAGUGCUCCCUCGCGCACCCGCCAGCCCGCCCGGUGACACCAGGGCCCGCCCGCCCGGUGACACCCAGGAGAGUACAUACCGGGUCGCAGGGCCGCCGGUCCCCCUGGUGGGCCGGGCCCGGACGCAGCUGCGACCCCCUGUGACCGUGGUAUGUGCGCCAGUGCCCUGUUGUCUACCUUUGCAAAUGGUAUGCCAUACUGUCUCAAAGGCAACAUAGGGCCAGCAAACCAAUUUAGCACAUUUCAAUGUGUAAAAACUAAAAUGGGCAAGCUCUUGUAACUUUCCAAAACACCAUGUGAUCUGUACGUGGGGGACUUUGUUGUACUCGUGGGACAUCCAAGCAUACAAAUGUUUUAUUGCAGUAAGAGAAAACCGUAUUAUGACAUUCACAGUAAAAAUGCAAUGCAGAACGUGGAAAAUAAAUAAUCGAUGUGAAAUGAAAAGCCUAUUUCAACUGAACAAAAUGAUAUAUAAUAAGUGUGGGUGCCGCGAAUAUAAAAGAGGUAAAUUAUGUUUGAACAGAUAUCUAUCUAUCUAUCUCAAAUUUAAGGUUUUGUUUUGCUUUAGAACUUGGACAGUUUUCUCCAUCCUUAAAGGACCACUAUAGGCACCCAGACCACUUCAGCUCAAUGAAGUGGUCUGGGUGCCAUGUCCUCUUAGUUUUAACCCUGCAGCUGAAACUGCUAUGUUUACACUGAGGGUUAAGCCAGCCUCUAGUGACUGUCUCCCUGACAGCCACUAGAGGCGCUUCCACUAUUUACACGGAGUAAAUCGCACUUAUCUGACGCUGGACAUCUUCACGGAGUCCAGCAUCAAAAAAGAUCCCCAUAUUAAAUCAUUGAGUAAUGUUUUCCUAUGGGCGGGUUUGAAUGUGCACUCGCCUCUGGCCGCGCAUGCGUAUUCGGCACCACUCGGGAGCUGACGUCGAUGGAGGAGAAGAGGUCAAAAGUACCGAGGGAGCCUGGCGCUGGAUUAGGGUAAGCAAAUGGUUAACCAUUCAUUCGCUGCGGAACGGGCCCUAGUCACCGUUUAGGUGACUAGGGCUCUAUAGUGUUAGGAAUAUAUAUUUGUAUUCCUAACGCUAUAGUGUUCCUAACCCCUUAAGGACCAAACUUCUGGAAUAAAAGGGAAUCAUGACAUGUCGCACGUCAUGUGUCCUUAAGGGGUUAAUACUGUUUUGUUUGUUUUUUUUGUUUUGUGUGUGUGUAGUUUAUUUUCUAUGAAAGCUUGAUUCACCAUUGUGAUAUGUUGGUUGACGUCAUACAAUGUGUAAUAUAUUUCUGUGACAAAUAAGAAGUGUGUUAUAAUCCAGUUAUUCCUGUCUUUAAAGAGAUGCACGUACAUUCAUACUUCUAUAAUAUAUGAUCCUUCUGUUAUUUCAUUAAGCAGAUCCUGUUUGGAAAGCCACACAGAGCAUGCUUUUGUUUUCCAGUGUGCACAGUUUGAUAGAUGCAUACCUCCCAAGUAUCCCUAUUUAGAAGGGACAGUCCCUAUAUGGUACCCAAUCCCUCUGUCCCUAUUUUCUACCUUACUCUUUUCUAGGAGCUCCAUAUUGUUGGUGUGUCUGAGUGUAUAACAGAGCUCCACAGCAAUAAUACUCCCAGUAAUGUGUCUGCGUGUAUAACAGAGCUCCACAUCAAUAAUACUCCCAGUAACAGAGCUCCACAGCAAUAAUACUCCCAGUAAUGUGUCUUUAAACUACAAUAAAUGUGUUUAGAAAUGAGACAUUGUUCUUGUUCUAAAUUACGUUCUAGUUGCAUAAAUUGUUUUUAGUUAGUCACCUAAAAUUUCACAGAACAGCCCCGCCCCUGGCCACACACCUAAAAUUAAAAUGUCCCUCUGUCUGUCUGAAAAGUUGGGAGGUAUGUAGCUGAUGUGCAGUAAGUGGGGCCGUAAUCUCAGUCCUAUCCCAGUCUCCUGAGAUUAAUCCUAUUACAACAGCUGCUGCCAUUUUAAUUUUUGUCCUAUCCUGAAAGAUUUUAUGGGAAAGGAUCUGAGGAGACCGAAACUGUGAAAUUCUGGCUAUCAAACUCCUCUGGGCAAGUAUUUUGCUUGGACUUUGCCUUCCCUUUCCCUGGCAUGCAUUUACGCCCUUCACACCAAUUUCCCCGAUCCCCACCCAAAAAAUGAAUGACCCUCGUAAAGAUACGAACACUGACACACACAGAUACACAGGACACACAAUAACACACAUGCCGGCACAUUAUAUAUAUAUAUAUAUAUAUAUAUACACACACACACACACGCUCACAGAUACACCUAUAGACACACAGAUAGACAGACCGAUACAGAUUCACCUGCAGAUAAACAGUCACAGACACACAUGCAGGCACACAUAUUCACAGAUAUACACAAACACACAUGCCGGCACACAGAUUCACAGACACACGUACAAACACAUAUUAAGACACACCGAUACAGAUGCACAGACUCACAUACAGAUAUACAAAUACAGACACACAGGUAUAUACAUUGUGAGCGUAAAAGUGGAAUUGUGAUUGAUGGAAGAUACAUCAGGCCUGAUUUGUUAAACAGCAACCUGAGAAUUUUCAGUUAAAUGCCCCAGGGAGAGAUGUUAGAGUUUGCAAUCUACAUUGCUGAGGUUCUGCAAAACAUGGUAUGGGUCCCUGGGGCGGAGUAUUUGGAGAGCAGGGUGGGCCAAUGCUCCAACAGCACUAGUUGCUGUGUAACAGACCACAAUUUAGAUCUGACUUAAGAGUUAACUAAUUGGCACUCACCUGUGUUAGCUGAGAGGAAGUGACAGGCUGCCGCUUCCUCCCAGCCCUGACAUCAGUAGAGGGGCCCAGUCACACUAUUAAAGGGAAACUGCCCUAACUUGGCCCCUGAAGACACAUCACCAUUAUGUGGCCCUAAAUGCAUGGGCCCCCUCAACCUGCAGGCCCGCUGCCCACAACAAUUUCUUUUAGGAUCAGUGAUCCUAAAAUUUAAUUAUUGCGGGCAGAGGGCAAAUAGGGCAGCUGCUUUGGGCCCCUAGGAGUAACUGGGCCUGGGGUAGUUGACCCGUUUGCCCCUCGUUAAAGACGACCCUGAGCAACCCAUAUGUGUAACUUCUUUAAUUCUCAGGCAGCUUCCACUAGUUUAAAAGAACCCUCACCUUAAAAAAAAAAACAUUCUGAAUAAAAGAUGUAGGUCCGUGAAGUAUAUAUUAAGGGAAAAUAAUGCUUUAUCUCAGAGAUAUUUAGAAGAAUUACAGGAUUAUUCGCUAAAGUGAAUUCAAAAUAAAAAAAACAAAUUACUGGACAUUGACUUUGAAUUUUCACGUUGGUGAAUUACCCUGUUAAUAUUUAUUCUCAUGAUUUAUCACAAUAUCUCAACUAUUUUGACCCAUUGCAUUUCACCCUCUAUUUUUCUGUUAUUUGUACUGAUGCUAACAUUUGGCAGAAUAACUAAUGGAUUCAUUUUAUUCCAGGUCUUGGUUCUGCCGUCCUUCUUUUAGCAGCUGCCGUGUCCACAUUGGGCGGCCUGAUAUUUGGGUAUGAACUUGGGAUCAUUUCUGGUGCCUUACUACAGCUGAAAAAUGAAUUUUAUCUCACCUGUUUUCAACAAGAGGCACUUGUCAGUGCAGUUUUGGUUGGGGCUCUCCUGUCCUCCUUGAUUGGAGGAGUCAUUAUUGAUCAAUGUGGAAGAAGGACGUCGAUACUUGCCAGCAAUCUGGUGGUGUUGGCAGGAAGUCUUGUAUUGGUGUUGGCCAACUCGUUUUGCUUUCUAGUGAUCGGACGAGUCAUCAUAGGGGUUGCUAUCUCUCUUUCAUCAAUGGCAUGUUGCAUUUUUGUCUCUGAAAUUGUGCGCCCCCACCAACGUGGAAAGCUUGUGUCUCUUUAUGAGACUGGCAUUACUGUCGGCAUUCUACUGUCCUAUGCAAUGAACUACUUUUUAGCAAAUGUCAAGGAGGGUUGGAGGUACAUGUUCGGCUUGGCUAUAACCCCAGCUCUUGCCCAGUUUAUCAGCAUUCUGUUCCUCCCUUCUAAGCCUAAAUUAACCACUUGGAACCAAGAAACGGGCAAUGGCUUCAUUCAAAUGAAGGAUAUCGAGGAAAUAGAAGAAGUGAAACCAGUUCAACAGAAAAGAGAUUAUACUUUUGUUGACCUCUUUUCGUUGAAAGACAAUAUGAGAACUAGGACAUUUGUCGGUUUAGGGCUUGUGAUGUUUCAACAGUUGACUGGACAACCGAAUGUGCUUUUCUAUGCAUCGACUAUAUUCCGCUCUGUGGGUUUCCAGAGCAAUUCUUCUGCUGUUUUGGCAUCCGUAGGACUUGGACUGGUAAAGGUCCUUUCAACGUUGGUUGCUAUGGGUUGUGCUGAUAAAGCUGGAAGAAGAAUAUUACUUAUCGCUGGAUGUGCAAUAAUGACUGUCUCCAUAACUGGAAUUGGACUGCUAAGUUUUAAUAUUGAACUGGGCACUCACGAGGACUGUAAAGCUCUUAUAAAGUCAAAUGUUUCCUAUGAUCUAUCCAAUUCUUCUGAGUUCGUUGGUGGCAUGGCUGAAACCUUUGACUCUGAGUAUAGGUCAGCUCAGCGCAAUACCUUAGUAGCUAAAACUCAAAGCAUUCCAUUGGGUCUUGUAAACGACCAGCUGCCCGCAAUGUCUACCUCUUCCAAGGUUUGGAGUAACGGUGACUUCUUACAACCAGACAAAGACCACGUGAAGCAAACAACCGCACAUUCUGCCAGCACUGAGCUCCUUAACAAUUCCCUUGUUUUGAAUUGGAUUGUCCUGUUGAGUAUGAUGACUUUUGUGAGCGCUUUCUCUAUUAGCUUUGGCCCGAGUAAGUAUGAAGUAAAUAUGUAAUUAAGAUUUAAGCUGCGUGACUUUGAAGACUGUUUAAAAAGGCAAGAAAUGCAAAACGUUAGAACACUGUAUUUAUUAAAUGAGAUGUGUAAUGUUUCCCAUUGGCCAAACCUAAUUAACCCCUUAAGGACACAUGACGUGUGACAUGUCAUGAUUCCCUUUUAUUCCAGAAGUUUGGUCCUUAAGGGGUUAAGUGCUUUUACAUUAGCAGCAAGUUUUUUUUUUUUUCUCAGAUUUCAGAAUUAAAGAGAAACCAGUAUGUGAAUAAAAAAUAAAUCCGACUAAUUCUAAAAUGAUUCUUAGAGAAGCUGAAGGCAACUUCAAGCAGAACACUCCGCUGAGCGUUGCUGCAGAGUACUCUCUUCUAUAAACUACGCAAUGUUACAAAGUGGUUAUGGUGUUUAAACUGACCCUUCACAUAUUUUUGCCUGAACUAACCAUUAGUUGAGCAGAAAACAAAAACGCAGAGGUUUCUGUAUAACAAAAAAAUAUAUAAAAAUAGGAGGAAUGUCAGUGAAUUGGGAGCUAAAAGAUAGGUUUUUAUUUUUUUUUUUUUUAAAACGAUUCUCUAUCUGGCCAAUGAAGCGCAGAAUAAAGGAAAGAAAGUAGGUGUAGAAAAUGGCACAAAUUAAUAAAAAAAAAAAAAAAAAGAGAGAAAAUUUUAAAAAGCAAAUAUUCUUGCUCGGGGGUCCUCAAAUAUUUUUUUUUCUCCCUUCCCCUUCUCUUUGUUUCGGAAGCCUAGCCAUUCAGGUUCCAUUAAAGGUGCAUUGUAGCUACUUCCUGUAAACCAUAUUCUAACACGUUCUUGAUGAAAGCUUCUAAAUUCUAUAACCGUCUUUAAAGCCAUUGUGUGUUUUCCUUUACAAAGUGACAUGGCUGGUCCUGAGUGAAAUAUUCCCAGCUGAGAUACGAGGAAGAGCUUUUGCGUUCUGCAACAGUUUUAACUGGGCGACAAAUCUACUCAUCAGUUUGUCAUUCCUGGAGGUCAUCAGUAAGUAAAUGUAUCCUUUCUGUGUCAUAUUCCCAACCCAGUUCGUACCUCCUAAGUGUCCCUAUUUAGGAGAGACAGUCCUUAUUUUGGGCCCAAAUCCCUCUAUUCCCCUUUUCUAUUCAAAUCUCUUUUCUAGGAGCUCCAUAUUGUUGGUGUGUCUGAGUGUAUAACAGAGCUCCACAGUCAUAAUACUCCCAGUAAUGUGUCUGUGUUUAACAGAGCUCCACAGCAAUAAUUUUCCCAGUAAUAUAUUUUUAAAUUAAAAUAAAUGUGUUUAGAAAUCCCAUCUCUUUAGGAAAGCUUAUGGCCUCCAAGACUAACCCCUACCUCCAAUACCCGUCUCUUGCCCUCUCCUAAAGGGCAGCCCACCUUAUUUGAUUGCACAUUCCUGUCCUAAUGUGUUUUACACCCCACCUCCUAUAGAAUGUAAGCUCGAUUGAGCAGGGUCCUCUUCAACCUAUUGUUCCUGUAAGUUUAUUUGUAAUUGUCCUAUUUAUAGUUAAAUCCCCUUUCAUAAUAUUGUAAAGUGCUACGGAAUCUGUUGGCGCUAUAUAAAUGGCAAUAAUAAUAAUAAUAAUAAUAAUAAUAAAUCAUUCUAUGUAAAUAAGAUACAUUGUUCUUGUUAUAAAUAUUUUAUUAGUAAGGCACAAAACAUUUCUCUGAACUCCGCCCCUGGCCACACCCCUAAAAUAAAAGUGCCCCUCUUUGUCCAUUUGAGAUGUUGGGAGGUAUGAACCAAACUGAAGGAGCUGUGGGUAUUAGCCCCCAAAUAUCGGGUAGGCGCCUUUUAUGCACUGAUUACCAACAUAUCUUGUGAGUGUAAUUGUAUCACAGACCGUACCAUACUGGUUUUCUAACUAUUCUGCUAUGUGACCUGUCUCUCUUUGUUCUAUAUUACAGCUGUAUCCCUUUAUAAGCGAAAUAGAUAUACAAAUUACACGGGUAUCUUACAUUUUAAAAUAUGGUCUAAAAUAUUGCAUUAUUAUUUUUAAACGUCAAUUGUCUUGAAAGAGAGAACCAAAGCGUUAUUAGGGAUGGGCAAAGAAACCCCCUGAUGCAACGAAUAUAAUUUUAAAUUUUCUCUGUUUUUAUGUUAAAUUUUAGAGGCACGCCAAUCAUAUAGGUAAAUAAAUAGGCAUUUCUCUGGUGUGUUUCCUAGGGGAUACUAACUAAACCUAGACCAUUAGUGUGCCUUGAGGACUGGACGGAAACUAUGGAUUUAGGACAACCUGAAUGUACUUUUAUCCAAGAGUGAGCUGAACAGAGUCUCCGUUACUUGUGGUCCCUUUUGAAUAAUAUUUACAUUAGAAAGGCUUUUCUUAUGGUGACUCUCCACAUGAUUAACCAUUUCUAAACGUUCCUAAAAAUAUAUAUAUAUUUUUUUAGAUUCCGUCGGUCUGUCCUGGACAUUUCUUGCCUAUGGUAUGAUGGGGGCCGUGGCAAUUGUAUUUAUUUACUUCUUCAUUCCUGAAACAAAAGGAAAGUCUCUUGAGGAGAUUGACAAAGAGUUCUCCACUAAAAGGUACAUAAACAUUUAACCGAAAAUGCCUUGCAGAGUUUUAAUGUACAAUUGUGUUUAAUAUGUUAAAGGGAAGUCAAUAUUGCCCUGUGCAGUGGGUGUGAUUUUUGUCCUAGCAGUGCGAAAAUUAACCAGGUUUCGGUUUUGUGCCAUCUUUUCAAGGGUUAACGGUCUAAUCUUCUAGGUAAGAAAAGAACCGUCCUUGAUCAUUGUUUAUGAUUGUGGGUACAUAAGUCGGUAAAUACAUAAACCCCACUGUCUGUUUCAAAAGAAAAAACUGAUUAGAGAAGUAGCUUCCCAGGAAUUCCAUGCAGGGGUUAACAAAGUACAGAAUGUGUUUAAAUAAGACCAGAGAGACCGGAGACGUCAGCUGUCCUAACGUCCAGGCUUGCGAAUCUAGUGUUCUGAGUGCCUGAAUUAUUUACUGACAUUUCACCCUGUUCUCUGGUUUUCUUUAGCUAUGAUCCGGCUGGCAAACACACAAGUGACAGGCUAGUCAUGGUUGCAUUAGUCCUAGGGACUGUUGGGGAACAGUCGUUCACUUCUUUCUUUUUCAGUUACAAUUAUUUAGAUAGCACCAACGUAUUCCGUAGCACUGUACAAUAGAUAAACACAACAAACAUUUAAUGCUAACUAAUUCUAAUGAUUGACAAUCUGGGACAGUAGCCGGAGAGGUGGCCAUGCACAAACCAGUAUUAAAGUCUAAAGUUAACAUUGUCUGCUGAAAAACCAUAUGCCCUCUAGUGGUGGCUUGUGGUAUUGCCACAGUUCCACUACUUAAAGUAGUUUUUUUAGUGUCUAAUAAUGGUCACAAUUUUCUGUCUCUCUAGUGACCGUGGGAAUAUAGGGAAAUUCUGUGAUAUUUAAAACUUGAGAUACCUAAUCUAGUAUAGCUUUUAUUUAGCAUACAGAUUAUUAUUUUUUCCUCAGAAGCGCUCUUGAAAUUCCUGGAUUUAUGUUUUCUUUUGUAUAAGACUUCAAAACACACACACACACACACACACACACACACACACACACACACACACACACACACACACACACACACACACACACACACACACACACACACACCACGUAUACACACAUUUACUGACAGACGCACACACACUUUAACCACGUAUACACACAUUUACUGACAGACGCACACACAGUUUAACCACGUAUACACACAUUUACUGACAGACGCACACACAGUUUAACCACGUAUACACACAUUUACUGACAGACGCACACACAGUUUAACCACGUAUACACACAUUUACUGACAGACGCACACACCAAGGCACACAUAUACUUCGAUCGUAUGUAUCGGAUCGCUCGCAAUAUGUGUCCAUUUCUGACAGCGACUCCCUCCCUCUUCCAGUCACGUGUGGUGUUCCCCAAGGUUCCAUUCUCGGCCCCUGUAACGGAUCACCUGGCACCUCGACUGGGUACCUCCGUUGAAGGAUGCUCCUAGCGCUUCCUGAGGACUCCAAGCACUGCGGCAGACACCACAACCACCGAACCGGAGAAGCAUACGAAUGCUCUCAAGCAUAUGAAUGCUGUAAACGGCUGAACAGGAAAAGCAUACAAUCAGCUUACACUCCUGGCAAUCAGCAUACAAUCCAAUAACGAGAAGACACUUCGUUUUGAGGUCAAGCAGAACUGACUGUACUGGCACAUACAGCCUCUUUUAUUCACAAUCCACAAACAUAGUACAGCCCACAGGGUUUUGAAAUACAACAAACUACCUCGGAACCGGGGGAUCUGGAUGAACCACAUAUCCAAACUUCACCCAGAUCCGUUCAGUAGUUUGGAAGAUACAGUUUAAUGCAGAUUCCGCAGAACAUUUACAGGCUAUAUGAAAAAUAAUUACUGUAUAAUGUGUCCCCUGUUGUAUAGUUUAAAACUACUGCACGAUGUCUUUGUGCACCAAAUACCGGCGAGAUGGCACCAUGUAGAAAAGUCCAAACAGUGUCUGUGAGUUAAAAUGGCCGCCAUCCAUUGUUCUCACCAUGUGCUUCAUCCAUUGUUUUCACCAUGUGCCUCUGAUACAUGAAAUAGUGGCCACCCAGUAACUCCACAGUAUGUCCCCAGAUGGUUCUUAAAGGGCCAGCAGCAGCACAACACAAAUCCAUUAUGCCCAAAUCAUGUCUUUAAAGGGCAAUACAUCCCAGGGGCCAUAGUCACAUGGCAGGAGGCUGGCAAUCAGUCUUCUCCAAUGCCCAGUGGCUAGGUCGGUUUCGCCACAGCCCCCUACUAUUUACAUUAUUUAUAAAUGAUCUGCCUAAUGUCUGCAAAUCCUCAAAUGUACCCAGAUGACACAGUAAUCUAUGCGAGCAAUUCCGAUCUACCGCAGCUUGAGGCUGUGCUCCAAGACCAGUUUACAGAGGUAGAAAAGUGUAUCGCAAAAAACAAACUCUUCCUGAACACUGACAAAACUGUCAGUGAUCUUUGGAACAGUACCUAAAUUACACAAAUUACACAGUUCCCACCUAUCCAUCAAAACAAAUUCAAAUGGCACACUGACCGCAUUCCACUCUUUCAAAUACUUGGGUAUGAUGUUAGACCCCAAUCUAUCUUUUGGCCUCCACAUAGAAAAGCUUGCAUCUAAACUUUAUCCAAAACUAGGUGCCCUGUACAGAAACAAAUCCUGCCUAAGCCCUACAGUAAAGGAGAAGAUUGUACAGCAAAUGCUGAUGCCAAUCAUUGAUUAUGGGGAUGUAGUAUAUGCACCUGCAUCGCAAUCCCACAUGAAUAAACUCAACACAUUGUAUAACUCGUUCUGCUGAUUUGUGCUACAAUGUAAUUACAGGACCCACCAUUGUGACAUGCUAAAAGAACUAAACUGGCUGUCGCUGGAAUCCAGACACACCCUUUAUCUUUCCAGCCUUGUGUUUAAGAGCUUUUCUGGGAAACUCCCACCUUACCCGAACAAAAUGCUUUCCCCCACUGUUCCCACCUCCUAUAACCUCCGAUCCAGUACCAACACUUUAGUCUACCUCAAUACAAAAAGAAAGCAGCCCGAUCCUCCUUCUCCUACAGAGCAUCGCAAUUGUGGAACGACCUCCCGCACAAUUUAAAAUCUUCCCUAAGCCUGAAGUCCUUUAAGAGAUCCCUCUCUACAUACCUCAAAACAGAAUGCACGUGUCAUGGUUGAUUAUAUAUUUCCUGCCUGUUCUAUGUUAAAUAUUGUAUUUAUUGUGUAUUAAUAUUGGUUUUUGUAUUUUAUUGCACCCUAAUAGUAACAAUGCAAUGAUUUGUGGACCCAGGACAUACUUGAAAACGAGAGAAAUCUCAAUAUAUCUUUCCUGGUAAAAUAUUUUAUAAAUAAAUAAAUCUACUAACUGACACACACUGAUAAACACUCAGUGACAGACAUAUACACUUGGUGUCAGACACACACAUUCACUGGCAGACAUACACAUUCACUGACAAACACACAUACACACUGACAAAAACAUACACACUCUCACGAACGGACACACAAUUUAACACAUUCACAAUUUUUUUAUAUUUUCAAUCCAUGUUCCAAGUUCAAUCCACCCAGCCUCCCUACCUUUGGGAGUGCUGUAAUGGAUUCUUCCCUGGGGUCCAGCUGGCCAGCUCCUGGGUCCCCCAGGUGAAGAGGCUGACAAGGCAUCUGUCAGAGCUUUUGGGGAGCGUCAUUUUUUGCCACCCCACCCCCCUGAAAGUGUCGUCCGAGGCAAUUGCCUUGUCAGCCUCACACUAAAUACAGCACUGCUCACAAUACUAGAUUAUAUGUACUUUAGGAGCUUAAAUCUGUUCCAAGAUAGUUUUAAUACUGUCUAUUAAAGGGACAAUAUAGUCACCAAAACAACUACAGAUUAAUGUAGUUGUUCUGGUGUGUAUAUUAUGUCUCUGCAGGCUUUUUAAUGUAAACUCCGCCUUUUCAAAUAAAAUGCAGUGUUUACAUUACUGCCUAGGGAUAACUCCAGUGGCCACUCCUCAGAUGCCUACUAGAGGUUCUUCAGGGGAGGUGCUAAACUUUCCUACUGCCCUAUAAGGAGAUGCAGAUUUGUAAAUCAACCACUUUUCUUUUUCUCUGCUGAAUAGGACAUUCAUAACAAAUGAGAAUCUCUAAAACGAUCUUUGUAUCAUACAUGUAGCAGGAGGUAGGGAGGUUAUUUUUAUGUGUUUUAUAGAAAUUUGUACAUGACUGAUCAGUUUGGAGUGAAGUUAUGGUAAACAUAUCAUAUCUAGAAUACAGCUGCACACUAGCCCGACCAAAGUCAGUUAAGUCAAUUACUAUUGAAUCUUUUGCAUUUAAUUCUUCGUUCUCCAGUAUAGGAGCAUUGGCUAUUUUAUUUUCCUGUAUAGGAGAGUAUUGGAUAUUUUGUUAUGCAGUAUAGAGUAGUGAAUAAUAUUUUCUCCUAUAUACGAGUAUGGGAUACUCUAUUGUCCUGUAUAUACAAGAGUAUGGGAUACUUCGUUUCCCCUCGUACAUUAGAGAACAGGAAUGUUUGUUCGUUUUUUUUUGUUGUUUUUUUUCUUUUUUUUUUUUUAUAAGAACGCGUGUUCUCCUCCUUUUAUAGGACCAUGUUGUUCCCAUUCGGUUAAUCCAUUUUAAGUAAGAGAGACCCACUAAAUGUAUAAAUAUCUGCAACAUGUUUGAUCUAUUCAUUAUUCCCUCAGGUUAGUCAGUCUAAAUCAGAAGUGGGAGAGAUUUCCACGGAGGCGGCUGUCUGAUCCUGGAUAUCACAUGAUGGGAAGGUCAAACUCUUCUAUAUCCAGCACGUCAAGCACUUCCUAAACCAAAUCUUCUGCAACUGGUGGUCCAGGUUCUCCAAUGAAUAUCCUAUUCACUGAAUUGAAGAUUGUCCCGGGAAGCACUUUAGCUGAUAUCUGUGGAAGACAUUUUGCACAACAACCCCAAGACAAUGUCGUUCGACAAAUUUCACAGAAAUCUGCUUUAUAAAUAAAAUAUUUUAAUCUUUCACAUAUUUGUGG